CCGUCGAGCAGGUGUGAAACUAAAAGUUGUUUACCGUCCCAACAGAGGCGACGAGCGGAGCUCAAAGUUCGAAAACUGAAGCGUACGCCAAAGGCGUGGUUCGUUGGAGUCUCGCGUGGUGCGGUCCUUCCCGUUUAGUCGGCAUUGGUAUGCCUCCAUAGCGUCAGGUAUGAAUCGGACGGGGUGACGACCGUGCUGCUGAGCCGUACGAUGCGGCGCGGCGGUGAAGAAGGUGCCGCCGCGCUACCGGUCGCGUUUUUCCUCCUGUGCACGAUCGGGCCGUGGUCAACGUGCCACGGGCAGCAGUGGCAAAAUGCACCGAACCGGAGAUAUCCCGAGCCAUCAGCGACGCCGGACUUCUUGCCUCGGAACCGAGCCCCGCCAGGUCCUACGCUGUACCGUGCCGACAUGAGGCCGUCCGGACUGUACGAGCGGACGGACGAAUUUCAAAAGUACAGCGAUGGACGGUGCUCGAUACGACCGACCACGACGCCAACCAUGUACAGGACAGCAAAGACUCCGAUCGGUGUUUUUACGGGGAGGAUCGUCUACCUGUGCGACCUUCCCGAGUUCACGCGAACCGACCAAAGGCCGGUGUCGCAGGGCGGCAUCGACCACUGGAACGACAGGCUGGACUACCCUUCCAGCGCGGUGGCCUACCUGGGCAUUCCGUACGCCCAGCCGCCACUCGGACACAACAGGUUUAGGGAACCUCAAGCUCAUGGCCCCUUGGGGAAUGUGCAAGCCCUAAACUUCAGGGACUCAUGUAUACAGCAUAUCGACUACAAGGGCCAACACAUGGGUGUUCCCUCGACCAGUGAAGAUUGUCUUUACCUUAAUAUCUACACACCUAAUCUGGCCGAUGUGAAUCGCCGUUUCGCUGUCAUGGUGCACAUACAUGGUGGCGAAUUCGACCAUGGGUCUGGAAAUUUGUUUCCUGGACACAUGCUGGCAGCUUCACAAGAAGUUGUUGUGGUCACUUUCAACUAUCGUCUAGGUGCUUUAGGGUUUCUAGCAACCGGGGACAAUGCUUCACCUGGCAACUAUGGUUUGCUGGAUCAAGCAGCCGCCAUCCAGUGGGUGCGAGACUACAUUGCAGGCUUCUCCGGAGACCCGUCUCGUAUCACCCUGUUUGGUACCGGUGCCGGAGCAGCCAGUGCUGGCCUCCACUUCAUUCAUCAGAUGAAUAGGCGCAACUUGGCCUUCCAACGGGUGAUUGCCGCCGGUGGAUCACCGUUGGCCGAAUGGGCCUUUGACCAGGACCCAAUACGCAUGCGCAAUAUAAGCUGGCUGUAUGGCGAGAAGGUCGGCUGCUAUGCCGACAGCACCUGGCGCCUGGUGGACUGCCUGCGCAGCAAGGGGAACAGCAGCUCCGAAUUCACUUUGGCCACUGUUGGGCCGACAGUGGGACGCUUGCCCUGGGGACCCGUCCUCGACCGUCACACACGUUCGGACAGUAUUGUGUCCGUGUCUCCAGAAGACUACCUUCGAGACCUCGCACCGGAGGAGGCCAAUCGGUUUCACAACCAAGUCGCAUACAUGACUGGUGUCACACGUGACGAGGCAUCCUACAUCGUCAAACGAGACAGAGAGCUCAGGAGCAAUCGCUAUGUGAUGAUGCCGGACUCAUUUCGAAUGUACCUGAAACGUUACGCCCGCCAGUUCAACUACACGCUCAACGAGGAAGCUGCCAUCAGUGCCUUAGCCUUCAUGUACACUCCGUGGACUGAUCAGGACAAUCAAACUCUCCUGAUGAGGGGAUACGUUGAUUUGCUCUCGGACUCUUACUUUGUGGCCCCUCAUGACAAGAUGAUGAAGCUUUUGCUGGAUAAAGGCUUUCGUGUCUACGCUUACGUGGUGAACUACACACUCGAGAGCUACCCCAGGUUGCAGUAUGGCAGACGCCAGUAUGACUGGGAUGAGAUACCGCACAGUAUGGUGGACCUGAUGGUGUCCGGUGCGCCCUUCAUGGACCCAAAGUUUUAUCCCGAUAACCUGGAACUGAAUGAUGUCCUCUGGAGUGAGGGAGAUCGAAACAUGAGUCAGCUGUUUAUGCAGGCCUGGGCAAACUUUGCCAAAACUGGAGACCCUACGGGAGGCACAUCCCUCUUUGGCACCAUCCGCUGGGAUCCCGCCACGAGGGCCCUGCUCCAGUACCUGUGCAUCAACGGCACAUACUACGAGGCGUUCAACUCCUCGAGCUUCAUGCUGCGCGACUACCGCCAGAAGGAGAGCCAGUUCUGGAACGCCUACCUGCCGGAGCUGGCCCUGCGUCCUGCGCCUACGUGGCCACCCUGGGACGAACCACUGCUGCAGGAGAACCGGAUCGUGACCGCCUCGCUAUGGGGCGUCACGGCCGUCGCCAUCCUGCUGCUCAUAGUGGCAGUGGCCGCAUGCUGCUGCUACUGCAAGGCUGCCAGCCGUCAUCUGGUUGACGAAGAUGAUAUUCGGCAUGCCUCAAUGCAUUCCCUGACGGAGAGUACCUUUAGCAUAAGAAGAAUGGAGUUCAAAAACAAAUACGCCUCGCCCGAAGAUCAAGGAGAGCUAAGGGCUCUCAAGAACACCAGUGUGUGAAAGUUAUCGGCACUGGCGCAGCAGCACCCCCUUGUAGUAUCAAAGUCCGUGGCAAGCAGGGCAGUCAAAGUCAGUCGCGUCGGAGAGAGAUCUUUGCGAGUUCCUUUGUGCUGGCCAUUUUUGGAAGCUGUCUCGGCUGACUGACACUUUCAUCCGAACACAGCCAAGUGAAGCUGCCAACCCAGCCGAGAGCAGUCGUCGGAAGGGGCCGUUGAAGCGUACCAACCUGUGAAAACCGCCUGUGGCACCAACGUGCGAGGUCACAAAUGUAGCAGGACAACCGGGACUUUAUCAAUUGUGCUUCAGUGUUCCACUGCUCGUGAAAAAGUGACUGCUCAGCCUGCAUUAAACACUUUAGUGUCAAAGGUUGAUUCUUCAGCUACCCUGAAAUAGUGACUCCAUCUUUAGCCAACAUACAUGCAACAGAGCUAUCAAUUUCUCAGCAGUAGUUUCAUGUGUAUAAACAUUAGUCACACAUAAGCCACACAUGAGCUACUUGCUGCACAUGUAACGGUUGUGCUAUUGUAGCUACAUUUGAACAAGUGUGACGGUGCUGCAUAGAAUAAAGUGGUGAAGCUUCAACCUGGAACAUGAAAGGAAGCCACUUGAUCAGGAAGUCAUAUCGCAUGAUCUCUUAUGUUGAAAGUCACAAGGAAGCCAGCCAUGUAUUAGUAUACCUGUGGGUUUUGUGAACAUUUUGUGCCGUGUUUUUAUUUUACAGGAAUCAAAUACUGUACGUGAAUUGACAUUCCAUUGCAGUGCACAUGAACUCUGUCAUACUUAGCAAAUCAGAAUCAUGUUGUAGUACAGAGCUAACAGCUAGAAGUAGAUGCUCUGUUAUGUUUGUGCUGUUACUAAAUUGAGGACCCGAAAAAGAAAAGGUGUACACAUCUGCAUCAACUUCUACACUCAGUUUAUUUAGCGCCGACACUUGAAAACUGCAUAUCUUUCAAGCAGUCAUAAAUGCAGCAUUCACUGAUGUACAAAUGAACAGUUAUGCAGGAUCCAAAUGAGAAGAGUGAGUGCAGCGUGUUUCACAAAGUGCUUCAUACUAUUAUCAGCGUUCGUUCACUGCCAAUGAUCAAACCUGUGUAUGUGUGCUCUAAUAACCACUGAAUGCAAAUACACUCAAACCUCUUUACAACGAGCCCCACCGCGGUGGUCUA